AUGAAAACCCGUAGCCGUUCGUUGUCACCUCGUAAAAAAGCCAAUACGAGAAAAAAUUCGCCAAUUCCAAUCAUCGACGAACAUGGUGACAAGCAACUUUCAUCAGUCUCUUCAAUAACAAAGAAUAUUCUUGAAAGUUCGAUCUUCGUUCAUAAAAUUAUCAAUGAACCAAUAAUCUCAGAUAAAGCACCAUCAACUGAACAUGCUGAAGAAUGA